GUAUCACAGUCAUCUCAAGUCUUACAAGCCUCACAAUCAUUCCCACCCCUCAGUCCACCAUUACAUCACCACAACACCAUUCAAAAUGACCGACUUCAUCGACAAUGCCACCCAAGCCUGGGGUCUCGCCGGCGCCGCUUUAUUGACAGGUUUUAUCGCGUGCUUCAGUCACGCCGGCGUGCCCACUCUCAGCCUAGCCCCCGUCGACGUGCUCGUUCACGAGUUCAGGACAAUGUACAAUAUUGGAAAAUCAACUUCACCACUCAUUGCCAUCACGGCCACACUUUGCAAUGGCUACUCGGCCUACCGUUUCAAAAACGAUACGGCUCUAGUUGGAGGCGUCGUAUCGCCAUAUGCUCUAUAUCUAGCGUCCACGGUCGUUGUGCCGCUCAUUAUCCCGUACACCAUUUUGUACAUGGAGCCAAAAGUUAACAGGAAGUUGUUGAGUUUGGGGGCGAUGGUGGAGAAGGGCGCCAAGGCGAGUGACUUCAAUGUUAGUGAGGCGGAGAUCCGGGGGCUGUUGGUUCGGUGGAAAGGGAUGAACUUUGUUCGUGCUGGACUGGUUGGCUUGGGUGCCCUGUUGACUGCUGCUGCUACUUUCCGUUAAAGGUUCCGCUUGUCCCUGCAUGUAAUUGUAAGAGCUAGGGUAUGGCCGGUUGGAGGCGGACCAUUCGAUCCGUAAGUCGGGGAAGCUGGAGCCGGGCUCAUGGUUGAGGGCACGUGGCGGAUCCGAUGAGGAAGGACGGAUGGUUUCUCGGUAACUGGAUAUGUGGGGGUGUUUUCGGGGCGUUUUUUUCUUGACUUGAAACAACGGGUGGAGAAUGGGCAGGUCAAAGGGGAUGAUCUGUCAAUCUGUUUGUAAAAUCAAAAGAUAACGAUAUCAAUAUCAGAGGGCUGAGUGAAUG